AAGCCUGAUGAAGAAAACACAUUAGCUCGUCGCCAAAGAGAAAGGAAUCGCAGAGGAAAUGGAAGCAUCGCAGCGGAGAUUUUGUCACCCCCCUCAAGUUGGACAAGUUUGAGGUCAACUUGUAGAUCAAAUGUUGCAAAUGAGGAGUUGAAAGUGGUUUGGUGAGAGGAUCUCCGGAUUGUUCUUCAGAUUUUAGGUUUUGCAGGGGUUUGAUUAGCCUGAUACGUUGGAUUACCAUUGUUGUAUCUAAGUCUUUUAGGAGGUUGUUGUGGAAAGCCAAGUAUUUUGAAGCAUUUGUCAAUGAGCUCGAAAAAGCCAGAUCCAGAUCGGGUUCAGGUUCUGAGUUAUUUGUGAUCUUCGUUAUCGCUAGUCUGAAGAGAGGUUCGUUGGUGAACAUUUCAUAUCACUUUUGACAGCCAAUGGGAAAUUUGUCGAGGGAUUUGCAAAUACAAAAGUGGGAAGAGCCAAGGUGUAAUAGUGUCCGAAACAAUUUCUUUUGUAGAAUUUGUGGAUUUGAUAUAUGAGUUGAUUGAAGUGGAUCGUAGUGUUGUUGAAUUGUUGAUGAAAUUUGCUUAUAAUACACAUUUUGAUAUGGAACCGAUGGUGCUGUGCAACGACCGUGACUUGCAAUUCUUUCUUAGGCAAAAUGAUGAUCCUCGAAGACCUGGAACUCCACUUUGUGUAACAAUUCAUCAGAGAGAGUUUGUUUCUCAAGAUGUAAGUUUCGUUCCUCCUCAGCGGGAACAAUUUCAUUCACAAGAUGUGGGCUUUGUUCCUAAUACGCAGCAGUCGCGACAGUGUGGCAAUGAAUUACCUUCACAUGUUGAUUUUGACGACGAUCCGAUUAGUCCGCAAGCCGGAUGCAUGGGUUUUAAUGAAUGUGGUUUUAGCCAAUACGAUAAAGAUAAUGCAGAUAUUGAUGAUGGGGCUGAUGACUAUCAAGAAAAUAUUGAGGUUGAUGACUUUCACAUGGAUAAUAAUGGGAUUGAAAGUUCGAUACUUCAUCGACACCCGCCUCCAUGUGCGGGCGGUAACUUAGCGGAUAGGCCUCCUAGCAAUAAUAACAUUAGCUCAAAUUCGCUUGGCACGUCAAACUUUGUUGGGAGUAAUAGUAGCAAUAGCUAUUGGGGUGGUAAAGUUGCGAUUGGGCAGAUUUAUUCAGACAAAAAAGAGUUACAAAAAUAUAUUGCUAUGUAUGCUAUGAGCAAGAACUUCCAAUUCCGCGUUAAUCGAAGUCAUAUGCAAGCAUCAGGAAAGGUUAUUGGAGAAUGCAUUAAGUCAAAAUAUAAUGGUGGUGGUCGUAUUUACCGACCAAAAGACAAAAUACAGGAUGUGCGGCAGGAAUUUGGUGUUAAUAUUAGCUAUGAUAAAGCUUGGAGGGCUAGGGAAGCUGCCUUGAAAUCAGUGCGAGGGACGCCUGAAGAUUCCUUUUCUUACUUGCCACACUAUUGUGCCGAGUUAGAGAAGAAUAAUCCUGGUUCGAUAACUUAUAUAGAGUCCGAUCACGAGAAAAAGUUUAAAUAUUUUUUCAUGGCUCUCGGUGCUUCGUUACGAGGAUUUCGGAGUGCUAUGUGACCUGUCAUCGCCGUUGAUGGUACUCACCUAAAGGGCAAGUACAUGGGCACGCUCUUUGUUGCCGCUGCUUAAGAUGGCAACAAGAAAAUUUAUCCAGUGGCUUUUGGGGUUGGAGAUUCGGAGAAUAAUGCAUCUUGGGAAUGGUUUUUCGAGAAAGUGCGACUUGCACUUGCACUUGAAGAUUUCUCAGAACUAUCAUUGAUAUCGGAUAGGCAUAAAAGUAUUGAGAGAGGUGUUUCGCUUGUAUUUCCGGAAUCUUAUCAUGGGCACUGCAUGCACCGUAUCAAACAGAACAUGAAGGCCAAAAAAAUUGAUGAUGUCGUGUUUCCCAUAUAUUUUAAGGCAGCAAUGACUUACUGUAUUUCAGAUUUUGAACAUCUAAUGACAUAGAUCCGUGCUUUUGAAGGUGGCAAGGCAUAUAAAUAUGUAGAGGAUGCGGGAUUCGAUAAGUGGUCUCGUGCACAUUUUCCCGGAUAUAGGUACAGUAUACUCACUACCAACAUUGCAGAAAGUAUGAAUGCUGCACUACGUGAUGUGCGGGGUCUUCCAAUAACAGCGUUGGUUGAGCAAUUGAGAUCCUUAAUUCAAAGGUGGUUUCAUGAGCGUCGUACAAAAGCGGCAUCCAUAACGUCCCAAUUGUGCAAGAAGGUUGAGAAAAAAAUGACAAAGCGAAAUGAAAGGGCUUUACGUAUGUCGGUUGAACCAAUAAGUCACAUCGAGUUCUAUGUACGGGAUGGCUUCGGAAAUGGCGAGGUGAACUGUCAUUGACAAAACAUGCACGUGCAGGAAGUUUCAAAUGCAACAAUUGCCGUGCGUUCAUGCAUUGACUGCUUGUCGAUUUAGAACUGUCAUUGUACAUUCUUUGUGUUCACGGUAUUACACCAAUGAAGCUAUUAUGGUGGCUUAUGCAGAACCGAUAUACACAGUAUCUCUUGAAAAUCAACACAUAGCAAGCCAAGAUAGAGUUUUAUUACCGCCAGAUACAAGACGAUCGGGAGGGAGACCAAGAGAGCGAAGAAUACCAUCAGCUGGUGAAACAGUGGCAGUUAGACUUUGUGGACGAUGUAAGCAACGUGGACAUAAUCGUCAAACUUGCAAGGAGCCAAUAUCGUUGCAUCCAACAUGAAGAAUUUAAUAAUUUCUGUGUAACAUAAUGUAUUUUAUAUUUCUUGCUUUGAUAAUAAUAACUCCAUAUUUAUGACUUCAUUUUAUUCACUUCUCAAUAAGUAUAAGUAUGUAAUUGUACA